CACUAUCAUAAAGAUUUGUCAUAAGAUAUAUUUUUCAUGGAAGGGGAGGUGAAAUGACGAAAAGGGGUAUGAAAGAUGGAACGGCAGAUCUGCUGCUGCUAGUUCAUCCCCCAUUUUCGAUUGGGAUCAGGAUAUUCUGCCGCUACCGGCCAAACCUCCAGUUGAGAUCAACAACAAUCUUCAAUUUCUCCUUGUACCCACCGAUCAAACUUUCCUAUUAGGGUUUUUUUUUUUUUUGUUUGUCCCUUUUUCUUUUCUGGGUUCUUCUCCGCUCCACGAAGAAAUGGUCUGUUCCAAGUCCACAACAGGGGAGACCGUCCCCUGUGAUUUCUGUAACGACCAAGUUGCGAUUCUCUACUGUAGAGCCGACUCUGCUAAGCUUUGUUUGUUCUGCGACAAGCAUGUUCACUCUGCCAAUUUACUCUCUCGGAAGCAUGUUCGUUCUCAGAUCUGUGAUAACUGUAGGUCUGAGCCGGUUUCAAUUCGCUGUUCAACGGAUAAUCUCGUCCUCUGUCAGGAGUGUGAUUGGGAUGCUCAUGGAAGCUGUUCGGUCUCUGCUGCCCACGAUCGAACUCCGAUUGAAGGUUUCACUGGCUGCCCUUCUGCACUUGAGCUUGUUUCUUUAUGGGGUUUCGAUCUUGGAGAUAAGAAGCUGGAGGAAUCUGAGAUGUUGGUGCAGAAUUGGGUCUGUUCACAGGAUUUGGUUAUGCCGAUUGAUUCUUGGGCUUCUAGAGCUAGUGCGACCGCCUUUAACGACCUCAUUGUUCCGAAUGAUAACCCCUUUCUCUUUGCGAAUCUGAACUGUACGGAUGCUGCUUCGAUGUUCAAGAAGCAGAGUCCGAGCUGUGGAAAGCAUAAGCAAGUGAUUUACAAGCAGUUGGUUGAGCUGCUUAAGAGGGAUUUCGAAGGUGGAGACGAUGUUGAGGGCGAUGACACUCGAGAUGGUGAUGCAGGUGGGGAAGAUGUUGGAUUACAGAGUAUGGUUCCUGAAACAACGAAUGGGGAUUGUUAUUGGCAAGGGGAUUUGGAAGGUCGUCAAAUUUCAAAAGAAGAUGAUGGGGUUUUUGUUGGUGCUGCUCCUCCUCCAUUACUGCAACAACAAGCUUCAUUCACGUCUCUGCUUACGAUGCCGUCCCAUGUGGGUUUGAAAGAUAACGAGCGCUCUGUUGAUGAAACUGGUGUAUGGGACAGUAGCCCAAAUCGUCAAAGCACUCAAAUUUGGGAUUUCCAUUUAGGACGGUUAAGGGGACACAAAGAUUCAAAUACGUUUGACGACGCUUAUGGCACAGGCGACAUGGGAUUUACCAUUAAAAAUUUUGGUGAGUUUUUGAAAGAAACAUCCCCCACAAGCGCGAAGUUGCUAGGAGAAACCUAUCAGAUCAAUUGCUCUAGCGUUCAUGAUGAUAUACCAUCAUUCAAUAAUAAUGUCAACAACACAACCCUAAGUCAGGGGGCAGUAACAUGCGAGAGCAUCAAUAUGCCUAAUGACAAGCUGAAAGGUGGUUCUAAAAGUUUUCAGGCGAUCAAACAGCCUAUUAUUAUAAAAGGAGAUAGUAUAUUAUCAACAUCAACAACCAAGGCCGACCUGGAGCUUCUUGCACAGAACAGAGGCAAUGCAAUGCAGCGUUACAAGGAGAAACGAAAAACUCGAAGGUAUGAUAAAUACAUUCGCUAUGAGUCGAGGAAGGCAAGAGCGGAUACAAGGAAACGGGUGAAGGGUCGAUUUGUGAAGGCUAAUGAGGCCCCUGUUUUUGGAUGAUCAGCUUCCUCCGUGGGUUGAAAGUAGCUUUGUUUUGUUUUUGCUUUUUUGGCGUUUUAGUUAUGUGUGUGUAUAUUUUGGUAUUCCUUCCACUUAUAUUUGUUCUAAUGUUUUAACAGGUGCAAAUGCACAUGAUGAUUUAAUUAUCCUUUCAAUUUUAGAGUUAGGUAGAGAUUAAUGUUAUGCAUUAUAUAAAUGAUGUCAAUAACAAUUUCAUGCGUAAUCUUCUAAUAAUCAAGUCAAGAAAGUAAUUGCAAUUAAUUAUAAA